AUGCAUCUUAGCCGAACAGUUUUCAAGCUUUCAAAGCACUUUGAAUAUUAUUCAAAAUUUCAACCGACAGCAGUAACACUUAAAAGCCUUAUUGAUUUUGCUGUUAAAGAUGAUAUAAUAGCUUCAUAUAAAUUUUUACGUGUUGAAUUACUUGUUCGAUGGUCUCAUAUGCGUAAAGAAAUGAAUUAUAUACCGGGAAGAUUACUUGAAAUGCCAAGUUUUAAACAUAUAAAUUCACUUUAUGAUCAAAGUUUUUCAGAAAUUCUUGCAUUUAAAAAUGUUGAGCCAACUGCAACAACACUUCGCAACUUUACAGAAACAUUAGUUGGUAUUCGACGUCGACAUGCGGAUAUUGUUCCAACUUUUGCUCGAGUUAAUAAUGCAUAUAUGGAAAUGGAACAAACAGGUCCAGUUGAUUUAAUAGAAAAAAAUCGUUUACAAUAUUUUUAUGAUCGAAUUUUUAUAAAUCGUAUUGGUAUAAGAACAUUAAUUUAUCAACAUACUCUUUUAUUUGGUAAUGAAUCUCCUCCAACUUCACAACAAGUGGGUAUUAUCGAUCCUUAUUGUGAUGUAGCCCGUGUUGUUCAAGAUGCUUAUGCCACAGCAAAACGUUUGUUCGAACGAGCAUCAUAUCGAGUUCCUGAUGUUGAAAUUACAUCUUAUAAUGCACGCCAGAAUGAAGACAGUCAAGUAACUAUUGUCUAUAUUCCAGCUCAUAUUUAUCAUAUUACAUUUGAAUUAUUAAAAAAUUCACUUCGUGCAACUAUCGAACGUCAUGGGUUAGAUGCAAAAACCUACCCAUCUGUACGUGUUCAUAUUGUUAAAGGUCAUGAAGAUUUAACAAUAGAAAUUGCUGAUCGAGGUGGUGGUGUUUCACGUUCAAAAUUAUCUCAUUUAUUUCAUUAUAUGUAUUCAACUGCACCUAAACCUCAAAUAGAAUCUACUGGUGAUGCAAAAGGAACCCCUAUUGCUGGUCUUGGUUAUGGUUUACCAAUAGCUCGUCUCUAUGC